AUGCUGGCGUCGCUGGGGCGAUCGGCGGGGCGGCUGCUGCGGGCCGGGAGCGGCGCGACCGGCCUGCGGCACGCGGGCGGCGGGGUGCACAUCCAGCCGCGGUACCGGCAGUUCCCGGAGCUGACGCGAGCGCAGGUGAUCCGGAGCGAGCUCCUCAGCGGCUUCAUGUGGUUCUGGAUCCUCUGGCACUUCUGGCACAACUCGGACAUGGUGCUGGGCCACUUCCCCUACCCCGACCCUUCGGCCUGGACGGACGAGGAGCUCGGGAUCCCUCCGGACGACGCUGAAUAGGCGCCUCCAACCGCCCGUGCCGGCGCUCUCGCAGCACACCGGUCCCUGGAACUAGAGGGGUCCCUGGAACUAAAGCUUUGCCUCCUCAGUCCUUAUUUCAAUAAAAGUUACCUGUAAACAACC